CUACCACGCCCCUACACACGCGCCACGCGAGGGCGGUGCGCAUGCGUGAGGUUUGAGGGGCCACGUGCUCAAGCCGCGUGGAGGCGGUGGCGCGAGGCAGUUCUGUUGAGGAAAGAAGAUGUCUCAUGCUGUCCCUCUCCCAAUUCCCUGCCCGGUCCAGCUUGGAAGUAUAAAAGGAGACUCCCUGGAAGCUCAGCUGCAUGAGUAUGUCAGGCAAGGGAACUACGUGAAAGUGAAGAAGCUUCUGAAAAAAGGUGCUUUUGUUGAUGCUGUAAAUUCCAUGGGCCAAACUUCGCUCUUCACUGCUGCUUUGCUAGGUCUUGUUAAAGUAGUGGAUGUGCUGUUGGAUUAUGGCGCAGACGCUAAUCAUCGCUGUUACGAUGGAAGCACUCCAGUCCAUGCAGCUGCUUUCUCCGGAAACCAGUGGAUUCUUAGCAAGUUAUUGGAUGAAGGAGGUGAUCUAAGAGUACACGAUGAAGAUGGAAAAAAUCCGCAGUACUGGGCUAUGUCAGCUGGAAAAGAGAGCAGUGCUCAGGUGCUGGAAUUUAUACAGCGUUGUACGUUCCACAUGCAGGCUGCCAUUCAAAACUUUCCUUCUGAUCUCUUGAGGAGGGUUGGCUCAUCAAAAGCGCUGGUCUGCAGUCCCUCUAGGUUUGGUGGCUUUGUCCAAGGAAAUGCUGAGAGCCCUCUGGGUAGAUUUCUAAAAGAUGGAGGUAAUGCAACCAAGAACGUUUACAGCUUUGGUUUUGGGAAGUUUUAUCUUGCAGGCAGCAGGCAUAUGGGGUACUUGGCAUCUCUCCCAAUUAUUGGGGAAAAAGAUGUGGUUCAGGCAGAUGAUGAACCAGCGUUUUCUUACCACGUUGGACCAUACAUGAUCAUGACGAACUUGAUGUGGGGAGGCAGCAGAGUUACAGUGAAGGAGCUUGGCUUUGAGCCCCACCAGAACUGCAGUAAACACCGCUUAGCUGAUCUUCUCCUUGCAGAGCAGGAGCAUAGCAGUAAACUCCAUCAUCCUCAUUUGCUACAGCUGAUGUGUGUUUGUCUGUCAAGUGACUUGGAGCAAACCCGUUUGGUAUAUGAAAGGGUUAACUUCGGUUCUCUGUACAGCAUCCUUCAUGAAAGGCGUACGGAAUUCCCACUACUGCACAUAGAGACAAUUUUGCGUGUGCUGCUUCAAAUUAACGAUGCUCUGCGGUUUCUACACUCCCGUGGAUUUAUCCACCGUUCAGUCACCUCCUAUGCUAUUCAGAUUGUUUCUUCUAGUGAGGCAAAGCUGUGCAACUUGGAAUACAUGAUAGAGAGCAAAGACGGUGGAGAACACAGUGAUCUGACCCGUAUUCCGGUCCCAGUCCAGCUGCAUAGAUGGUGCUCUCCUGAAGUGAUCCUGGAGAAAGCUGUCACAAUCAAAUCAGAUAUUUACAGCUUUUGUGCUGUGGUGCAGGAGGCCUUGACAGAGACUCCUCCCUGGAAAGGACUUGAAGACUUGGUUAUUAAAGAGCUGAUAAGUUCAGGACAACAGUUAGAAGUAGAUAUCAGACUUCCUAAGCCCUAUUACGAUAUCGUAAAGACAGGGCUAGAACCUAAACAGAAGAACCGCUCCAUGAAGCUUCAGGAUAUUCAGUAUAUACUGAAAAAUGACUUUAAGGACUUAAUUAAAUCUCAGACUGGCCGUGCUGAUGAGCUGUCAAAAGGACAAAGGCCUGCUGUUUUUGCAGAUGUCAAUAUCUGUUUGGCAUCAGCUUUUAGUUACCAGGAAAGAACACAGGAACUGCAGGGAAAAGAGAUAACCAAGGCUGACAGCUCUCCCUCCCCGGAAUACUUUCUUCUUCCUGAGGAGAAUAGUGCUUUAGUGGACUGCGAGCCAUCAACCAGCCUGCAGGCAGUUGCGCAGGACAAAAGUCCUGACCUCCAGGGGACUCUUAGUGUCAGUGAUGUGGACGACAGCCUCCAUAGCUUUGAAAUCAAUGAAAUCUAUGCCAGUUGUUCAGAAGUUGACGAAUAUUUCCUGGAAGAAGGAGCUAGAUUAGGUCAAACUCUAGAGGAGGAAAAAAAGAAGCAAAAAGAAGAAGAUCAGACUACUCACAGAGACAUGUAUGCGUUCCCUGCAGUGCACUGUGAGGCAAAUCCAGUUGAUGAGGAAGAUGGCUUCUCAGAAUCGAGUACAGGGCACACAACAGAAGAGGAAGACAGGGCGAGCGAGGCCUCUGACACAUGCAUGCAGGCACAGGCGAGAGGACGUGCUGGGGGAAGAAUGCGUGGUCUGUCCCAAAACGAGCAUUACAUCAGCAAAUGUGUCCUUAAUGUAAAGAUCGUUCAAAGCAUGUUGCAGCAGGCAGCAGAUUCCCUGUGCAGAACAGAGGAGAAGCUGGACAGAUUAGAGACCUCCAAAAAGCAAAAGAAGCCGCUCCAGGAUGUGGGAGCGAGUCAACUUUCUAAGCAAAUUUUUCUAGAUAGACACUGGAACAGGUGUGAUUAUACUUCCCAAAAUACCAAUAACCCUGGUUCUGGAGCUAGUACUUCAUGGAAGGCGAUAGGUCCACCAUCAAGUGACUAUAUUCCACCGCUGAUAAUGUGUCAGGCGCAAGGAGCGUCGAGUAGAGACAGUUUCCAAACUCUUUCAAAGACGGCAAAGGAAAUGGAGGUAACUCGAAAUGAAAAGGGGAGGUGCUUUCGUGAGGUGAGUAAGAAUGAAAAUGAAAACAACCAUCAUGGUCGCAGCUUCAGAGUGGUGAAAAGCCUGGAAGAAGAAAUGAGCCGAGAUCAGGAGCAUUUACUCCCACACGUAUCUGUAAGAUGCAAAAAAAAGCUCAACUUGCAGUGUCAGAGAGGAGGUGAUUCACAUUCUGCAGCAGGGGAACGUGAAGGAGAGAGAUGGUGCUAUCCAAACCCAAGAUCUGAAAUUUGCAGUACAAAAAUAAGUGAGGAGAGAAGGAUGAUUCAAUCAGAAUGGAGGACUGAAGUAAAGCAAAUGGCCAGAAAAGUGGCCUCAGGACAACUAGAACUCGGCUCUCCAUAUCCAGCUGGUGAAAGUACAUCUGAAAGUGAAGGGGAGAUUGUAAAGGAAGCCUUUCAACACACCACUGUCCAAAAAAGUCAAGACCAGCAGAGAUACAUGUGGCAGACAGAUGAUGAUGAGCCUUGGGAUCUAGGCAGUGAGGAGAGAUCUGAAUCUGAGGAGAGUGAUCUGGAUUCUGCAUUCAAAAGUUCUGGAGGGAGAAGUUGCGAAUCACCAUUGCGAGGUGAACAAGCAGAGCCUGGAACAGCCCUUCAUAAGAAGUCAGUCCUUCCUGAACAAGCUGAAAAUCUCUCUAGAACCUUAAAUGCUCAGGGCAAAUUAGGAGAUGCUUGCGAAGGAUUUUUACAGAAACAAUUACCUGAAGAUGCGGGAUCAGGUAUUCAGGGUCCAGGAGGAAGAAUGCUGUGCUGCAGCACAGCAGUGCAGAGCUCUGGCAGGGACACACAAGGAGUGUAUCAACAGAGCCGUAUGCCUCUACCCAGCAUUGACGCAACACAAGAAGUGAUACCAUGGGACCCACAGGAAGAAUCCAAAGGAAAAGAUGUAUCAGUGACAGAUAUUCAGGAUUUGUCGAGUAUCCCCUGUGAGAAAGAAAACUACUACGGGGGUGUAGACUGUAAAACACCCAGAGUGAGUCACGCACCAAGCGUCAGCACUCCACUCAGCUCAGAAAAAAUUCCAUUAGCCUUUGAGAGAUACAAGCUCUGCUAUGGGGUACCUUCAGAUACUUCCUUUUUUGGUUCUCAAGAGAUUUCCUCUGCAGCAUCCUGGACAUACAUUACUGCCUACGAAGAGAGCAGGAGCACUGAAAUUCCCACUGUUUCUUCAGGAGUUCACAAAUCUGAAUUGAACAAGCCUGAUGGGUUGCCAAUAGUCGCUUCAUCCAUGAGAGGUACUAGGAAGGCAUCUGCACUCUCCCAGGCAUCAAACCCCUCCAUUGAUGAGCUGCCUCCACCAGCCCAAGAGCUGCUGGAUGAAAUUGAAUAUAUAAAGCAGCAAGAUCCCACUGCUCGAGACUUGAGAGAGAACAGACUGUAUGACCGUGGAGUGCAAAUAAAUGUUCCUGAUCAAAUUAAAAUGGAAGAAAGCAAGUCAAAAAAAGGAUCUGAGAGAAAUAAGAAGAAAAAUCAUAGUUCAUGGACUAAGCGGUCAUUUAAUCUAGCAGACGAAACAGAAAGGGCUCACUCUACACUUGACGAAGUUUUAGAAGGAAUGCUCGUUGCAGUUCCUGGAGAUGAGGACAUGCAAGAACAACCUCGGGGACGCACUCUAGGGGCUGCAAGCCUGCAAGAUCCAGAAGAUGCUGGAAGGAAGAAGGGAGAAGAGGAAGGCAGAGCUGUGGCCAGAGGCGGAGCACUAGAAAGCUGUGCAGGGAAUUCAGAAGACACACAUCCUGAAGAUCAAAAAUCCCUCUUACAGGAACGGCUGUUUUCAUCUGCACCGUUCAGGAUAAUUGUUUUGGAUCAGAGCUCUCCUGAUGAAAACGGAUAGUGAACAAGUUCUGAUGCGUCACCUGCUUACUGCUGCCUGUGCGGUUACAGCCUGUGAAUCUCAACCCUUUUUGACCACACAAACUGUAAAGCUCAGGCUCCCUUUAACUGCAGCAGUAAGUAUAGAAGAAAAUCUGAUGCUCAACUUUGUUACACAGUUUGUACUGUUUUUACGCAAUCAUUGCAUGUAAAGGCAAUAUCGGUGAUAUUGCAGACUGCUCUGUUUCUGAGCAUCCUUACCAGGCUGGUGAUGUGGUGGGUAUUUUUCUGUGCAUUCACGCUUUCAUAAGCAAAAGAAUUUCUUGCUCUGUUGCAUUAUGCGGUUUUCAGCGUUAAGACAAAGUGAUUGUUAUUCCGUGGGCUGCUGUUACUGCUCAGGCACUUGUUACAUUUUUCCAUGCUGGAGAGUGGAGCGCUGUUACAGCCCAUGUAGUGUAUGUUUUUCCUUGCUCAUUAAAUUUAACAAGGUAAUUUCUUGUUUUCUCUUUUCUUAGUGCUUUUGUGAUCUAGUGUCGAGCUGAUUUGACUGAUUAAGGGGAUUAAUUGCUGUGCAAAAAGCUAAUGAGGAAAAGGCAGUGUUCUCCAGAGAUUGCAAGUGCAGGAAUACAUUCCCUGCCAACAUUAGACAGGAAUGUGAGAAAACCUGAUUAGUAUUGUGAAGAUUGUGAAGUAAACUUCACCUGUUGGUGAAGUAAACCACACUCUCAGUAGGGCCUUAUCAGGAGAAAAAGUAGUCCCUGGUUAUAAUUGAGCUUUGGGUGAGGAUUUUGAUGGGCACAGCAACUUCAUAUUUAGCAUUUCUUGUGUUAAAUAGUGUUCAGGUGCAGGAGGUGUGAAGAUGGUCCUUCUUUAACACACCCUGGCAUUUUGGCUGCCUCUGUACAGCUGAGGGCACUGCGUGUUGCUUUUUCUUCCUGUUGAUGUAGAGAAAUGCUGUCCAUCUGUAACUGUUGGUUA